AUGUUUAACCUAAUGCUGGCAUGUAUUUUUUGUUUAGUCAGUAAAACGAUCUGAGGCCUGCACUACGCGGCGGGUUCGGCAGAGCCGGGAGGUCACGGCGUCCCAACGGUGGCGCUCAGCUUCCUUUGUUCAGAAUCAGAAAUACUUUAGCCACGCUUUCUUCACCUGGGUCUGUGGCGUUCCCAGAAAAGGGGAAUGACGCUUCUUUUGACUCUUCAUCCGCACAACAUAGACCAAUCGUGUGCCGCCUCCUUCAGUCGGGAGGAGCAGGUGUAUCCUGGAGAGCUACUAACGAACAUUACGUCACAGCGCUGACGCUCCCGGUGACGCCAUCCCAUAAUGGACACGUUCAGCUUUGGGCCAAAUCAAAGUGAAACAGCCAGGUGUGCGGAAGUUACCAUGGUGAUCUAGCAGGUUGAAAGAGACACCUUCUUAACACUGAAAACGCAACAUACCUGCUGGAAACUGUUGUUACUAUGACAACCGACAGCCACGCGCUGUCAGCUGCAGGAAAGUCCACCUUGGUGCGCCUCCUUCAGGGGGCGUCGGAGGACUGGCAGGUGAUUCCUGAACCCAUCGGGAAAUGGUGCAACGUCCAGAACGACGGCGACGACAUUUACCAGGACUUGAGCUCCUCUCAGAAGAGCGGAGGAAACCUGCUGCAGAUGUUGUACGAUAAACCAAGCCGCUGGUCGUACACGUUCCAGAGUUACGCGAGUCUGAGCAGAGUUCGUUCUCAGCUUCAGUCUCCGUCAGUCAAACUGCAGCAGGCUGAAGACCCCGUUCAGUUCUACGAGCGCUCCGUCUACUCAGACCGGUACGUGUUUGCGUCCAAUCUGUUUGAGUGUGGUAACCUGACAGAAACGGAGUGGAGUGUUUAUCAGGACUGGCACACCUGGUUACUGAACCAGUUUGAACCCGACAUCGCCCUCGACGCCAUCAUCUACCUGAGAGCUCAGCCACAGCGCUGUAUGCAGCGUUUGCUCCACCGCGGCAGGGAGGAGGAAGAGGGGCUUCCUCUGGAGUAUCUCGAACAGCUUCACUUCAAACAUGAAGCCUGGCUCUUCAACAGGAGCCUCAGGUUGGACUUUGAGUACCUGAAUGAUCUUCCUGUUCUCAUUCUGGACGCCGACGACGACUUCAAGAACGAUCGGAUCAAACAGGAAGCCAUCAUCGACAAGGUCAGAGAGUUUCUCACCACGCUGUAGAACUUCAUCCACCAACCACAGCCGUGAUGCGAGCAGCGGGUUCAUCUGAUUGGACGACACAGUUACACCUUGUAAAUGUUUCUCUGGUUGAAUUUUUGUUUUUUGGGGUUGAAACUAUUCUGGAUCAGUCAGUCUGGUGUUUUCAAUGCAGAACUCCACUGAAAAAACUCAUGUUUUUAGCUGCAGUUACUCUUUUUCCUCACUUCAUGUGUAUAUUUUUAUUCUUUUAUAUUUUUGCAGAUACAUUUUAAAAUGUUCUCUGCAGCAGCUCCAACAGUCAGUCAGUAAAGGUGUGUGUGUGUGUGUGUGUAUAAACACUAUGUAUUUACUUGAAUUAGUUUGAUAUUUAUUUAUGCUUUGUGCUUGUUUGUCCUGACAGUGAGGUGUCAUGAACACACCACGAUGCCUUCAGGGCCAAACACAGUUAGUUUUUCUCUGUAAAUCUGUUUGAAUAAAGAAACUCAGACUGUG